AAACAAGUGGGUUGAAUAUCGGUGCCGGAUAAAUAAGUCCGGUUUUAGUAUACUUUCCUUUCGAAGUUCGACCAUUCAAGAUGGCAUCUCAAAUUAGCAAGAAAAGGAAGUUUGUUGCAGAUGGUGUAUUUAAAGCAGAGUUAAAUGAAUUUUUAAAAAGAGAGCUUGCUGAAGAUGGUUAUAGUGGUGUUGAAGUACGAGUUACUCCAUUAAGAACUGAAAUUAUAAUAUUGGCUACAAGAACGCAAAAUGUCUUAGGUGAAAAAGGACGCAGAAUACGUGAAUUAACAUCUGUUGUACAAAAGAGAUUCAACUUUCCUGAAGGCAGUGUUGAACUGUAUGCUGAGAAAGUAUCAUUCCGUGGAUUGUGUGCCAUUGCACAGUGCGAGUCUCUACGAUACAAGUUGCUGGCUGGUGCUCCUGUGAGAAAAGCUUGCUAUGGCGUCGUUCGAUUUAUCAUGGAAAGUGGUGCCAAAGGCUGUGAAGUUGUUGUUUCAGGAAAACUUAGAGGUCAACGAGCUAAAUCAAUGAAAUUUACUGAUGGAUUUAUGAUUCACAGUGGGUACCCAAUUCAAGAGUAUAUUGAUAUGGCUGUUCGUCAUGUUUACUUGCGACAAGGUGUUCUUGGAAUUAAAGUAAAAAUUAUGCUGCCGUGGGAUCCAACUGGUAAAACAGGACCAAAGAAACCAUUACCUGAUCAUGUUUCUAUCGUUGAGCCAAAAGAUGAGAUUAUUCCAACUCAGCCAUCCUCUGAACAGAAGGGUAGCAAAGCAGAAGCUGCGCCAGUAGCUCCUGUUAUAGAAGCAAAGCCUCCAGGCUUCAAAUUUUAAGACUCGACUGGUCAAGUUUAUCAUUGUAACUCAACAAAUGUACUACCAUCUGUCGAAAAAUACAACCAACUUA